AUGAAAUUAGAUUGUAAAAUUAAAAUUCAAGAUCGACAAAGAACAAAUGGAUCAUCAACAUUAAAAGCUGCGAAAGGUGUUGUUGGUCUUGCAAAAUCAAAUAAUGAUGAAUGGGUUCUUGUUGUUCGACUUUUCAAAGAUACAAAUGCUACACAAUAUAAGCUUCGUGAUAAUGUUCAAGCGCUUCUCCAUAGAUGUAUUAAUAAUGGCAUGGCUACUAUUCAAAUUAAAAUGCCACCUCACGAUGUACAAUUGUGUGAGGCUAAUGUUGAAUCAUUAAAAACAUUACUUUCAAGCGUUCGUCUAGCAUCGACUGGUAGUAAUCUUCCAUCUUCGAUUAGAUCAAUAUCGAUCAAUGCUGUUGAAAAACUGCAACGGCCUGCACUACAACUCAUAGUCAAUCAAGCAAUAGAUUAUCCAACUUUGAAAGGUUUUCCAUCGACAUUAGAAAAACUAAUUGUCAAUGCAGCUCAUCUGCGUACACCUGUUGAUCGUCGAAUAUUUACACUUAAAAAUUUACAUACACUUGAUCUAUCUGAUAAUAAUAUAACCGAGUUGCCAUCCGGUAUUCAAAUGAAUCAUUUGCAUACGUUAAUAAUUCGUUCGAAUCAAUUAAAAUCUUUUCCCAAUGAUAUCAAAUGUCCUACGCUUAAACAUCUUGAUUUAAGCCAAAAUCAAUUAGAAAAAUUCGACGUAGCUUUAUUAAAUAUAAGUACUCUCGAACGAUUAAAUUUAUCAUCGAAUAAAAUAAAAUGCAUUCCAAGAAUAAUUCUACGUGUAUUACCGCAAUUACAAGUAUUCAAUGUUGCAUCAAAUUUGGUUCGGGUCAUACCUAAUUCAAUAGCGUCUGGUGGUACACGUUUGCAUACAUUUCAUUAUGAUGAUAAUCCAUUGGCUACAGAAAAAAUGAUUACAUGCAAACGUUUUAACACGACACUUCUUGAAAUAGCGCUUCGAGCUGUUAUUAAAUAUAGAAUUCCUUAUGAUUUCAAAACAAUUCCUCGAACUCUAUGCUUAUUACUCGAUGAAUAUGAAACGUGCGCUCAUUGUGCUUCGGCAUGUUUUAUUAGAUUUGGUGAAAUAAUUGUACCGAAACAAUUAUCAGCAAUUGGAGUAACCGUACAUGUAACAGCAGCCAAUCAAUCAUUCGCUGUUCCAGUACAAGAACGAUAUUGUUCAAUAAAAUGUUUCAAUUAUGGACUUAAACGAGCUGGAAUGAUUCAAAUGUAA